AUGAGGUUCUCCUUUGCACACUGCGGGCACCAACGAACUCAUGCUUCCCCUAACAAUGUAGCCACGCUUUAUCAUCAUUCACAACACCCAACACCUAUUAUCGUUUCCUUGCCUCAGACUCCAACGCUUUCAAAGGACCACCGUGGAAGCCGAUUAACCAAGUCCCAUACUCAACCACUCAUCGACCUCUUAAAGUCCUGCGAGGAAAGUGUCUCUCUUAAGCAGGCUAAUUGCAUUCAUGGGCACGUUCUAAAAUCGGGUUUUGGUGACCAUGACUUGUUGGUGCUUUCGAAUCACCAAAUUCAUGUGUACUCCAAAUGCAAUGACUAUGAAGCUGCCCGUAAGGUGUUUGAUGGAAUGCCCCAAAGAAACGUGUUUUCGUGGACUGUCAUGAUUGUCGCGUCCAAUGAACAUGGCUACUACCGUGAUGGGGUGGAGCAGUUUUGCAUGAUGAUGGACCAAGGCGUGUUGCCGGAUGGUUUCGCCUUCUCUGCUGUUUUGCUGUCAUGUGUGGGGUAUGAUUCGGUUGAGUUGGGUGAGAUGGUGCAUGCCCAUGUUGUUGUCUCGGGUUUUUUUAUGCAUACAGUUGUUGGUACCUCUCUUCUCAACAUGUAUGCAAAGUUGGGAGAGAAUGAGAGUUCAGUUAAGGUGUUCAACUCCAUGCCUGAGCGUAACAUUGUCUCCUGGAAUGCAAUGAUUUCUGGGUUUACCUCUAACGGUUUACACCUACAAGCAUUUGAUUGUUUUAUCUACAUGAUUGAAGUAGGGGUUACUCCUAAUAAUUUUACAUUUGUAAGUGUUUCCAAGGCAGUUGGGCAGUUAGGUGACUUUCACAAGUGUCUCCAAGUUCACAGAUAUGCUUCUGAUUGGGGAUUGGAUUCCAAUACUUUGGUUGGAACAGCUCUUAUCGAUAUGUACUGCAAGUGCGGGUCUAUGUCAGAUGCACAGAUUCUUUUUGACUCGAAGUUCACCGGUUGUCCAGUUAACACGCCUUGGAAUGCAAUGAUAACAGGUUAUUCACAAGCUGGUUCUCACGUAGAGGCUUUGGAACUGUUCACAAGAAUGUGCCAAAACGAUAUCAAACCAGAUGUGUACACAUUCUGUUGUGUGUUUAACUCAAUUGCUGCUUUGAAGUGUCUGAAAUCCUUGAGGGAGACUCAUGGGAUGGCUUUGAAAUGUGGAUUUGAUGCAAUGCAGAUUAGUGCAACCAAUGCCCUCGCCGAUGCAUAUGCCAAAUGUGACUCACUUGAAGCUGUAGAGAACGUAUUCAAUAGAAUGGAAGAGAAAGACGUAGUAUCUUGGACAACCAUGGUGACUUCAUAUUGCCAAUAUUAUGAAUGGGGAAAAGCCUUGACCAUCUUCUCACAAAUGCGCAAUGAAGGUUUUGUACCCAAUCAUUUUACUCUUUCAAGUGUCAUCACCGCAUGUGGAGGUCUUUGUUUACUAGAAUACGGCCAGCAAAUUCACGGUCUGACAUGCAAGGCUAACAUGGAUGCUGAAACAUGCAUAGAAAGUGCUCUAAUUGACAUGUACGCCAAAUGUGGGAAUCUAACAGGAGCAAAGAAGAUUUUCAAAAGAAUAUUCAACCCAGACACAGUUUCAUGGACUGCCAUAAUAUCCACUUACGCCCAGCACGGUCUUGCUGAAGAUGCCCUUCAACUCUUCAGAAAGAUGGAACAGUCAGAUACAAGGAUCAAUGCUGUCACAUUGUUAUGCAUCCUUUUUGCCUGCAGCCAUGGGGGAAUGGUGGAGGAAGGCUUGAGAAUUUUCCAUCAAAUGGACGUCACCUAUGGUGUGGUACCUGAAAUGGAACACUACGCAUGCAUUGUUGAUCUCUUAGGCCGUGUUGGCCGGUUGGACGAAGCUGUGGAAUUCAUAAACAAGAUGCCAAUCGAGCCAAACGAAAUGGUUUGGCAAACCUUAUUAGGAGCAUGUAGAAUUCACGGAAAUCCCACGUUGGGAGAAACUGCAGCUCAAAAGAUUCUAUCUGCUCGACCACAACAUCCUUCUACCUACGUUCUUUUGUCCAACAUGUACAUAGAAUCAGGACUAUACAAAGACGGGGUUAACUUGAGAGACACAAUGAAACAACGAGGCAUUAAAAAGGAACCAGGAUAUAGUUGGGUUUCCGUGAGAGGUGAGGUUCACAAGUUCUACGCUGGAGAUCAAAUGCAUCCACAAACAGACAAAAUCUAUGCCAUGUUAGAAGAGUUAACAUCCAAUAUCUAG